AUGGACGGCUCGUGUCGUGAAUCGAAGACCUCAGCCAGCAUUCUCGAUGGCGGCUGGCGGAAGCAGCAGGGCGCCUCACGGAACGUCUGGCGCGAAGAAAUCAGCACGUGGCGAGGAGACAAACUCCCUGGCGCGAACCAGCAGCGAGAAGAGCAGGAGUAUAUUCGGCUCGGUUCAGCCCGGUUGAACGUGGAGGGUCUAAACAACGGUGACCUAGAAAAUUCGGUUUAUGGAGAGCUCGGGGCGCCUGUUACUCCAGGUGCAGCGUCUUUGCGACGACGGUCGCUUCAAGGCGAAGGCGGCGAAGAGAAUUCCUUAGAGUUCUUUCCCGACGACAGCUGGGAAAUCGUCGAUCUUCCGUCAAGCGAACCUCCUCAGCCUCCCCCGGAAGUUCCCAGCGCCGACGCGCCUGAUCCGCCCCCCGCAGACUCCGCGGAACCCCCCGUGGGCUCCCCGGACGACUCCUUCCCCUUUCCGCCGAACCCCGCGCCGUCGCCCGGCGACAGCGGCGACAGCCCGUCGCCCGCGCCCGUGUCGCUUCCCAGCCCGCCCACGGCUCCCGCGCCGGCGGUCACGGGCGGAGUGGGCGAAGUCGCGUCCGUGUGGUGCCCGCGUUUGCCGCGACUGCCCGCCGACUUCAUCGAAAACCCUCUCGAGGAGUUUAAAGCCCUCGACGAGGGCAUGGCGAAGCUCUACGCACGGCGUCCAGACGGGCAGUCCAUCACUAUAUGGGUAUCGGGGAAAGACUCCCCUGUGACUAUAUCGAGUAUGCCGCCCACGUCCGAGCUUCUAGGGCUUGAGACGACGAUGCCACAGAUCGAGGGGAUGGGGGAGCCGUCGAACCCACACCUGGAUCCGUUUUUCACGUCCUCCCUGCCGCCCUUCCCUGUGGUUCCCUUGAACUCUGUGCCGCCAUACGUUGCUGCGCCUCCCCCUCCCCCUCCGCACUCGUUCUCCCCGCCUCCUCCCCCUGAGAGCUCCACUCCAGCUUCCAAGUUUCCCCCACCUCCCCCUCCCCCGAACGUCCUUCUCGCCUCUCCUCCGCCUAACCCUCCGCCCUUUCCCCCGCAGUCACCACCUCCCCCAGAUCCAUCCAGUCCUGGUGGGGGAAAUGUGAGUCAACCCAGCGGCCCAGGCAGCAGCUUCCCCCUGUGUAACCCGUCACCCAUCCGGUGUGUGUUCAGGUUCGUGGGGUAUAAAGACAGAGUGCCAACGCUGGACAUUACCAGUGCUUUGGCGGAGGAAGUGAUCAGUCCUGCGUUGGUGGUGCUACGUGGUAACCGGACUUGUCGUGUGGUGGCGGCAAACAGUGGCGAGGGGAGGUCGAUUUGCGUUCAUGUGCGUGACGAGGUUUACCAUGCGACAAGGAGCCAGUUUUACGCCAAUGCGGAGCCGGAAGAGGUCGACGAAAUGGCCGACGCACAAGGCGCGUUCGUCACGCGUGCAUUCGAGAAGCUUCUGCGAGAAUCCACGGGACGGAAGUUCCAGAAGCUACACCAGGCGCUUAAAGCCUAUCUAGAUCGACCAAAAGGGGAGCAUUUGGUUCUGGUCACAUCAGCAUCACGGGUUGAUCCUCGCUAUGGGCUGCCUCAGACAGACGAACCAGGAGCGGCGGAAAUCGUGCCGCAGCCGCAGCAGCCGGCGCAGCUGGCCGGGACGAUUCCGCUGGAGCCGGCGGGCAGCGGGGACGGCAGCGGGCGCGCGCACCCGAACACGGCGAACGCGGCGAAUGUGACGGCGGCGGCGGCGAUGGCGGAGGCGGGGCAUUCGCUGGAAGGUGUAGAGGCGGAGCUUAUCCUGUGCCCGCUGCGGCUGGCCAUUGAGAGCAAGCAGAGCCGCCUCAUGGAAACGGCGCUCGACUGCCUGCACGUCAUCAAAGUCAUCCUCACUGCCAUCGCCUCCUCCACUUUCCAAGUGCAUGGGGACUGCUUGAUCCUUGCUCUGCGCACAUGCUACAACAUAGUGCUCACAAGCAAGAGCCAGGUGAACCUGUCAACAGCCAGGGGCACGCUCACUCAGAUGCUCAACAUCGUCUUCAAACGCAUGGAGGCAUCGGAACUAGCCCGUCCCCACGCCUACCCCACACCCACCAAGCCCUCCGGGGAGGGGCCUUCCGAGGACCAACCUGCUGCCGUUGCUGGUGACGCUGCUGCUGGUGGUGAUGGUGGUGGUACGUCUGCUGCUGCUGCAGUGGAGGGGGCGGAAGGGAAGGAGGGAGGCGGGGAGGGGGAGGAGGAGGGGGAGGUUGAGGGGAACGGGGAGAGGGAUGAGAGAGCGGGAGUACAGGAGGAGCUAAAAGUCCUGGAGGGACCGCAACCCAGUAUAGAGGCUCUAGAUGCUGUGCUAAGUAAAGCACUUAGGCCACAGGGAGGGGGUGCAGGGGGGGAUGUUGCUGGGGGUGGUGGUGGUGAGGGUGGUGAAGGGGAGGGAGGUGCUGCGUCAGCAGGGGAGGGGGGUGGAGAGGAGGGCGCUGGGGCGACUCCUGCUGCUCCUAAGGGCAUUGAUCUGAGCCUGCUGGCGCUGGCGCAGCGGGACGCCCUGCUGGUGUUCCGCACGCUGUGCAAGAUGGCCAUGAAGGACGGCACCGAGGACCUCGUUCUGCGCACCAAGGCACUGUCGCUGCAGUUGCUGCAGGUGGGUGGCUUGCCAGUAGCUGCUGCAGGUGGGUGGGUUGCCAGCAGCUGCUGCAGGUGGGUGGGUUGCCAGUAG